AGUCAAUCAUCACUUCUAUAGACGACAACAUAACUCCUCGAUUGGCGACUCAUUACACAAAUCAACACUUGUUUACCACUUAUUUAUAUAAUUAAACACAAAUAUCAUACUAACAGUAAUAAUAACACAAUAGUUGUUAUAUUAAAGUGAUAUUCAUUGAUGAAUUAGUGAAUAAUAGUGAGCAAUGGGUGACUGUGGAGAGGAUUUGCCCACAAUUGUGGUGACGGGAUUUGGUUUAUUCCGGAAUUAUAAGUCCAACCCUUCGUGGGAUUGUGUCCAACGAUUGCGAUUAAAAGGCGUUAAUCUUAUAGUAGAAGAAAUACCCGUCGCUUACGAUGAGGUCGACAAACGAGUGGCUCUAAUCUGGAGCCGAUAUAAGCCUUUUCUGGUGAUCCACUGCGGAGUGUCCUGUUUGGCGAAAUGCAUCACUUUGGAGACCCGAGCCCUUCGCCACCACACGCUGUACGACAAGCCAGACAUCUACGGCCGACUGCCUGAUGGCACACAAACUGCUGCAACAAAUCAACUCAAUUGUUACCAAUCGCUGGAACCAAACGACUCAUUCGAUUGCAUCGAAAGUGGGAUCAAUUUGAAAGAAGUUUGUGAUCGAGUGAACCAACACUUCCACAACGGAUUCAUUCCAAUGCCUGCCGUCCUCUCGUCAAACGCCGGAAGAUAUUUAUGUGAAUAUAUAUUCUGUUCAUCACUGAUGGAGAACAAGCAGAGGACGGCAUUCAUUCACGUCCCAGAAGUUGGCGAUAACUGUUUCCUCGAAGAUAUCGCCAUUUCUCUGGAGUUCACGAUUCAAACGAUAGUCAACGAGGUUUUAGAUUCAAAUAAACAAUCGUCUAAUGAUAUGUAA